AUUAAAUGUCAAUUUAAACAAAAUAAAAAUAAAUAAUAGACUAUUUUGUAAAAGAAAAAGAAAAGAAAGAAGAGCUAGUCUUAGAAAUAGGUUAUUAGUGUAAUUGGGAUAAGCCAUUAAUGGAAUAAGUUUUGGGAGGAGAUGAUUUAUUAGAAGGACAAUAUCAAUAUUACCAAAAUUAGGAUGUAUGCGAUUAUAUUUUAGGAUUAUUAGGAUUUUGAUAUCGAAUAUUUUUCAGAAAAUUAUAAUGAUUAAAAAUAAAGAUUAGAUUAAUUUUUAGAUAAACCUGAAAAAAUAAAAAAAAAAAAUAAAGGAUACCCUGUAGGGAUUUCAAACUUAGGUAAUGGUUGCAAUUUUAGUUACCUUUUACAAAUUAUUUUUUAUAAUCCUAAAUUAGUGGAAUAAAUUUUGUAAUAUAAAAAACUAGACUCUUCUUUUGGCGAUUUAUCUUAAUCUAACAAUUAAUUUAUGAAUUUAUUUUAGAUAGUAAUUGCAAAUUAACUAAUCUCAAAUUAACAAUAUUUUAAGCCGACAGAAUUCUAUUAAGCAAUAAAAGAUUUUGAAAGGUAAAUAUUAAACUCUUCGGUAUUAAAUGAAAAUUUUCGAGAUAUAAUUGAAUAUUUUACUAUUUUUUUGAAACUUAUAGAUUAUUCUCUUAGCAAGAAUUUAGAAAAGCAGCAUAAUUAAUAAAAUAUUUUCAUGAACGAAUAUUUAGAAAAAUAAUACACAAUAAAGAAUGAUAAUAUGAAUCAAAUUUAAUUGGUUAUGAGUAUAAAACAUUAUCAGAUAUACAAUUUUUUGUAUAAAGAAAUCAUUGAGAAUAAGAAUAAAAUAAAAGAAUUACCAGAAAAUUUAAUUUUCACAAUAGAAAGAGAUAUUCAAUAAAAUAAGAAAACAGAAGAAAAAUUUUAUUUUCCAUAAAAGUUAUACUUAGAUUUUGUUUUAGAUGAUAAAUAGACUUCUAAAUAAGCUUCUCUUAAGGUUUAGAAAUAUAUUACAGAAUAAGUGAAGACUUUACCUAUGUAUUACUAAUGUAAAUAAUUUAGAUGAUAUUUAUAGUAAAUAAGUAAGCAGAAGCAUUUGAGAAUGUAGUAACUUAUUAUGAAUCUUAACCUAUGUAUGAAGAAUUUAUUUUGAAAAGUUUGAAAUUUGAACAUUAAAAAAAAGUUGAAGAAUUGAAAAAAUAAUUUCCAAACAAUUGCGAUAUUCUAAAUAAGGAGUUGUAAGAUUCUUCAAAGAAUUUUUAUUAAUUAGCAUAAAUAGUUGCUUAAGCAUGUAAUGGAUCAGAAAGUAAUUAUUAUUUGUACUAAUUUAAUUUCUGUUUGAAUAAAUGGUUUAAAUAUAAUGACACAGAAGUAAUAAUAUAAACAGAGGAAGAAGUGAUAGCAGAUACUAUAAAAAAUGGAAUUAUUCUGAUAUAUUUAAGUUAUGAGUAAAAAAAAGAAGUGUAGAGAUAUUAGAAUGAAUUAAAUGAAAUCGAUAAAAUACGAGAUUAGUUAAAACUUAAUAGUAUAGUAAUGCAUAAUCUUCUCAAUAAGAUUCCUAAAGAGAUAUUUAAAAAAGUAUUGGAAGAAAAUGAGAAAUUUUUAAAAAAAUAAUGA